CAAGUCUUUGGGAAGAGAUGAUCGAAGGAUGGGGAUGUCACGCUUUCCUCCUCACCGGUUUUAAGUAAAGCUCUCUUCCAGCUCUUUCAAUCAAAGGCAAGUCUUUGGGAAGAGAUGAUCGGGGAACACAUGCCGGAUGGGGAUGUGUUUGGCAUCAUCUACUUCUAUUUUCUUCGGCUUCUGGUAAAAUCCGUUGCCAGUCUUUGCCCGCUUAAGUUCGCUGCUCUGGGAUGGCCUGGUCUCGUCUGGCCAAGUUGGCCGACAAACCAUGUGCUGUGCCAUGUGCCCACCAUUGCCAUGGCUGGCGAGCAGCAGGGGGAGAAGCAGUAGAAACAGGAACAAAAGAAUGGGAGGGAAAGAGAUGAGAAGGAGACGAGAAAGGAAGAAUAGGGAGGAGAACACGGGCAGUAUAGAAGUUUAGUAGUAUCCUAGGUGCGCUAGGGGGAAUAUCGACGAGCUGGAAUAGCAGCAGGCAGGACAAAAGGGAUGAAGUGGUCGAGGCUCAAAGCUCCGGGUAGGGAAUGCUGAAGGGAGCAAGCGGAUUGAAUUGGUUUCCGUUUAGGAUAGGGUGACAGCAGCAUCGUUUGUAGCUGGGAUAGGCAGGCAGCGGAGAGUGAAGCAAGAUCAAGCAACGAGCACGGGGAAGUGGUUUCACUAUGGCUGAAGUCAUUUUGCAGUUGCUCUUCCAGUCGCUGCUUGACAUCGUGAACGAUAUCAGCAUGUACAGGGAGUACAUAAAAUCGCACCGGAAGGAGUCCGUGAGCCUCGCCAGGAGAAUUAAGCUGCUAGGCCCCUUGUUUGAGGAAGUCAGGGAUCUCAAGGAGCCGCUGCCCGAGGGAGCGCUCGCGUCGUUCCAGGCGCUCAAGAGCGCGCUAGAGUUCUCCAAGCAGCUGCUGCUCCAGUGUCACAGCGGGAGCAAGCUCUAUCUGGUGCUAGAGGGAGAAGCCGUGUCCAGUGCGUUUUGCUCGGCGGUCGUCAAUCUCGGGCAGGCUCUGGACGAGCUUCCUUACAACUCCUUGUUCCUGUCGGACGAAGUUCACGAGCAGGUUGUGCUUGUGCAUUCGCAAUUGCGUCGAGCCAAAGGCAGACAAAGCUCUCUGGAUUCACAGCUUUCGGAAGAUGCAGUGACCGUCUUGGGCGGAAACCGAGACAGUUGCAAGCUGGCUCUGGAGAGACUGGCUGGGAAGUUGCGCCUGAGAACAAUGUCCGAAUUGCAACAGGAGUCACAGGCACUGCAAGCCAUGUUUGCUGGUACGAAGCGUGACGAGAACAUCGACAAGGUAUACGCGUUGCUGGGAAAACUACAGGAGCUUGCACUGUCCAAGAACCCGGAGGCAGCCAUGGUGGAGACACCCGAAGCUCCUGCGGAGAAGCCGGCUCCUCCGGCCAUUCCAGAGGACUUCCAGUGUCCAAUCUCACUGGAGCUGAUGAAGGAUCCAGUCAUCGUCGCCACGGGACAGACUUACGAGCGAGCAUCGAUCCAAAAGUGGCUAGAUGCCGGACACAAGACAUGCCCGAAGACGAGACAACCUCUCACGCAUCUGGUACUGACGCCAAACUACGUACUGCGGAGCCUCAUUGCUCACUGGUGCGAGACACACGGCCUGGAGCCACCGAAAGGAUACGGCAGCAGCAGGCCGAGCGGGAAGCUCAGCAGCAGCCAUGGGAUAGACGUACCGCAUGCAACGGACUUAGUGGUUGUAGAGGCCUUGGUCCAGCGCCUCGCAACCGGCCAGCUCGAGGAGAAGCGAGCAGCAGCGGGGGAGCUACGCUUGCUCGCAAAGAGAAGCAUAGAAAACAGGAUCAGCAUCGCCGAGGCCGGAGGGAUUCCACUCCUGGUGGAGCUGCUCUCGACGCAGGACAAGCGCACGCAAGAGCACGCGGUCACGGCACUGCUCAACCUGUCCAUCCACGACCAGAACAAGGGACUGAUCGUUCUAGCCGGGGCCAUCGAGCCGAUAGUGGAAGUUCUACGUGGUGGCAGCAUGGAGGCCAGGGAGAACGCGGCGGCGACGCUGUUUAGUCUCUCCGUGGCGGACGAGAACAAGGUGACGAUAGGAGCGUCGGGCGCGAUACCGACGCUGGUGGAUCUCUUCAACAGCGGGAGCUUGCGGGGGAAGAAGGACGCGGCCACCGCGCUCUUCAACUUGUCGAUAUACCAAGGCAACAAGGCGAGAGCUGUCCGGGCGGGGAUAGUUCCGGCGCUCAUGAGAGAGCUGCUGGACACUCGGGCCGGGAUGGUGGACGAGAGUUUGGCGAUCCUGGCCAUUUUGGUGACGCACCACGAGGGGAGGGUGGCGGUCGGGAAUGAGUCGCCGGUGCCCGUGCUGGUGGAGCUCAUCAGCUCCGGCUCGGCCAGGACGAAGGAGAAUGCUGCCGCGGUGCUGCUAGCGUUGUGCUCCAACGAUUCAGCUCACGUCGUGGCGGCGCACCAGCUCGGGGCGUAUCUCCCGCUGGCGGAGCUGGCGGUGAAUGGGACGAUGCGAGCGCGGCGAAAGGCCGGGAGUUUGCUCGAGCAUCUCUGCAAGCAAGAUGAAAUGGCCGAAGUGGACAACGUCUUGUAGCGAGUGCUCUCACGCAGCAGCGCAGCGGUGAAGAGAGGGAAGUUCUCGGUUUUUUUUUUCUUGGUUCUUCUCUUCUUUUUUCGCGUUGGGUGGUGUAAGUUCUUCCCUUGCUCCUCCGUUUUUCUUUUUUUUCUUCGUUCCCAAUUUUCUUCAGGAUUUGACGAUGCUGAAGCUUUAACCAUUCGAUCUGGUGGUUGCUGAGACAAUGGCGAGCCGAAAAAAAAAAAACAAAACAAGGCCAAUCGGACAACCAACCAGCCAACAAACAAAACAUUCUUUGGUUUUCUCUCUUUUUCUUUUUCCUCCAUUUUUUCUCGCUGAAAGCAGCGAGAGAUGUGUUGUGCUGUACAGCAAAAAAGGAAACUUGGCAUUGAAUAAAACUUCGCGCGAUGAUGGAAUAAACAA